AUGUCCGUUGUGCAAGCAUGGAGUCGCUUCAAGAGCUGGGCGCUGGGCCCGACUGGCCUGAAAACAACGCACGCUUGGGGGCCUAUCUCGAACGCUGGUUUACCUUUGGCAGGUUUCGCAGACAUUACGAAACCCCCCGAGAGUAUCAGCGAAAACAUGACGGCCGCUAUGUGCAUCUAUUCGCUUCUUUUCAUGCGGUUCGCGUGGCGAGUACAGCCGCGGAACUAUCUACUCUUCGCCGUUCACUUCAGCAACGAGCUGAUUCAGGCUUACCACUUGCAACGUAUUUUGGGAGGAUACGACUUUUACGCCGGAAAGUACGCCACUGCAGAACGGGCCAAGUCUGAGGCUGUUCCGUCACCGUCGUCGUAG